UGGGUGGUCGUGUCUUGGAUCGACAGCAAAGCCAUGUUCGGGGAUGAGCACACGUGCGCGAAAUUCGGCGUCACCACAGCUCUACAACGACUGCGGCCUCUAUGUCUCGCUGUCUAACGAGAGUCAAGAUGCUUUUUUCUGUUUGCUUUUGCUUCCGCGGUCUGCAUACCACUGCUGUGGCUGCGAGCGCCAGCAUUGUUUGCGUAGCUCUCAUGCCCUGUUGCCUUCGCCACUGGGUGGGUGCGUCUACUUCUAUUCGCUCACAACCCCAUCAACCCUGCCGGAAUUCAUGCUUGCUUGCGGCCGGCGCCACAUCGCAAGGGGUCGAACAGGGGCUAUCAGGGCUUCUACCUUGUCCCUGACCUGCCCCCGCUGUCCUCUACGCCAGCAGCUUCAAAAUUUGUAGUCGCACGAGGUUCCCUGGAGGGUGAAGCUACUAUCCGCACUUCACAGCUGGUUAUUCACUCUCUGCGGAAGCACAGCAUCGUUCAAUGGUCAGCGUUGUGUACUUGCCUUUUUGACAUCACUCGACCACGUAAAUGCUAGUGGUUGCAUUAUGGCUCACAGCAGCGGCAGGAGGCAGGUAUUAAUGGGUAGCU